GAAGUACCCAAACGGCCUCGGGGGCUGGUGGCAGCCACGGUCGGCUCACAAGUUGAUUGACAGGUGCUGUGACCAGAAGGUGAGCAUCGUAGCGAAGCCCAAAGAAGCGCGGCCCGAUCUCAGGGAGGGGUCGGAGGCACAGCUCUAGAUUCCAGGCCCUGUCCCCCGAGCUCAGCCCUCGGAUGUCCCACUGCCUAGAGCCUGCAUGCGCCGCGGGGCGCCCCAGGACCAGGAGCUGGUGGGUCCCGGGGCGCCGGGGCGGGGGUCCCGGGGCGCCCCUCCUCCCUCGGGACCUGUCGUCCCGGUCCUCGUCUUUCCCCCUGAUUUAGUGUUCAGGGCGGACCAACGGAGCGGACCCAGGCAGCUGCUGACCCUCUAUAACCCCACGGGAGCCGCGCUUCGCUUCCGAGUCCUGUGCACAGCACCUGACAAGUACACAGUGUUUGACGCAGAAGGAUAUGUGAAGCCUCAUUCCUGCAUUGACAUUGUGAUUCGCCACGUGGCCCCCACUGCCAGCCACUAUGAUGUCCAGGACCGCUUCCGCAUUGAGCUGUUUGAGGAGGGAGCUGAGGGCCGAGUGUUGGGGCGCAAGGACAUCACCUCGGUUUUGAGGGCCCCAGCCUACCCCCUUGAACUUCAGGGACAGCCUGACUCAACGCCACACCCAGGGCCUCCUUCCUGGACAGCACCACCCACGACCAGACACCUCCCUGAAAAAUCCCACCCACAACUGGCCACCAGCUCCUUCCUCCUGUUCUUGCUGACCGGCAUAGUCUCAGUGGCCUUCCUGCUGCUCCCACUCCAGGAUGAACUUGGUAGCCAGCUGCCCCAAAUCCUGCAUGUCUCCCUGGGACAAAAGUUGGUGGCAGCCUACAUCUUGGGCCUCCUCACCAUGGUCUUUAUCCGGACCUGAGCCCCCUGCUCAACCUCCACCCCCCUCCCUGGGCAAGGAUGUGGACAUGAGAUGGCCAAUGUGAUGCUCAUACCUGGCCUCGACCCGCCCCCCCCCCCCCCCCCCGCUACUCUUUCCACCCCUGACAAAAAAUACCCAGGGAUUUGUAUUCAUUUUCCAAGUUGAAUUUUAAAAAUUUGCAAAAUUAAACUGAGAAAUGUAGGGAACAUGCCCCUUUCUCCAUACUUCUUUUUCUCCAGUUCCUCCUGCUCCCAUUCCUAGGAACCCAGGUACCUGGGCCAGUGAAGAUGCCCAGUGAGGAUUAAGUCCUGGGUUCUGGUUCUGGAGCACUGAAAAAACUAUGAUCUUGAGCAAGUCCUUUCAUUUCUGUGAGCUUCAGUUUCUCUCUCCUAAAUGAGGACACUGAGAAAGUUGGUUCCCCCCCCACCCCCACCCCUGUCCCUUUCUCUAUAUCUAAUGGGUCUGUUUUGUUUAUUCAUUUGUUUUGAUUUUUAUAUUCCACAGAUGAAAUACAGUGUUUGUCUUUGACUUACUCACUUAGCA